UAGUUAAAAUUUCCUUCCUUGAUAGGGUAACAGUCGAAGAAGGUAACGGAUUGAUAGUAAACAAAUUUGCAAGCACGUCUUCAAAAAGAAGAAUUUAUACCAUAAUCUUGUAAAAGUAUAAGUAUAAAAGAGUAUACUAUAAAAUACUUCCCUUCUUGGGAUAACAGUCGAAGAAGGUAACGGCGUGUCAAGGAAGGUUAAUAAUAAACAAAAAUGUCAAACACAUCUUCAAAAAGGACAAUUUAUGUCGGGGGUCUCGCCGAAGAGGUGGACGAGAAGGUGCUCAAGUCGGCUUUCCUCGCCUUCGGUGAGAUCUUGGACAUCCAGGUACCGCUAGACUACCAGACUGAGAAGCACAGGGGCUUCGCUUUCAUCGAAUUUGAAUUUUCUGAGGAUGCGGCGGCAGCAAUCGAUAACAUGAACGAUUCAGAGCUGUUUGGCAGGACGAUCAGGGUCAACCUGGCCAAACCGCAAAAGAUAAAGGAAGGCUCGUCCCGGCCGGUGUGGUCGGAAGACAGCUGGCUUCAAGAGCACGCUGGGGAGACGCUCGAAGUCAACGAGAAGGCUUCGAAAGAGGAUGUUGAGGAAAAGCAAAAGAACAGGAACCCUGAAGUGUACUUUGACAUCUCUGUCGGAGCGAAGCGAGUCGGGCGCGUGAUCAUUCUCCUGAGGAAAGACAUAGCACCGAAAACAGCGGAAAACUUCCGAGCGCUCUGUACCCACGAGAAAGGCUACGGCUAUCAAAAUUCUAUAUUCCACAGGAUCAUCCCUGAAUUCAUGGCCCAAGGUGGUGAUUUUACAAACCAUGAUGGCACAGGCGGCAAGUCGAUUUACGGCAAUAAGUUUGAAGAUGAGAAUUUCCAGCUGACGCACAACCAGGCCGGUGUACUUUCAAUGGCCAACUCCGGCAAGAACACAAACGGAUCACAGUUCUUUCUCUGCUUCGGCCCAGCCACCUGGCUCAACGGGAAGCACGUCGUAUUCGGACAGGUGAUACGCGGACUUGAAGUACUCAAACUCAUAGAGGCUGUCGGCACAAAAUCAGGCAAACCUACUGAAAAAGUGACGAUAAUCAAUUGUGGAGAGUUGACCUAAAUUAAUUUAUUAUUCAUGUAUUUAUAAUGAAAAUCAUUGUGAUAAAUUAAUUUUAAUAAUUAUA